AUGGGCGACGAUGGACGUCAAGCGCCACAGGACACCUGCGAAGAUUUACACGAGGAAGAGGUGUUUGCGGAGGAAAUGGCACCGGCGCAACCCGAAUCUCUUCGAUUGGAUCGACGCGAUCUACGGAGCAUUCUGGAGGCUAUCAGAGUUACGGACCCUAGGCUGAACGAGUUUCUCGAAUCUGUGAAACGCAAAGAGGAGUCUACUUCAAGGAAGAGAAAAGCGGCUCCACCCCCUUCCUUUCGAAAGCAGGAAGCAGCUUGGCCACCCGCCUUCCGCUCUUUCCAGUACGAAACCGAAGGCCCCUCGUCUUUCCCAAGCUACGACAGUCGCUUCAAGACCCACCAUGGAUACCAACCGUAUUUCGAAAGAAAUCGCAUGCGCAGACAGGAGUACUCCCCGCCGCAUCGCUAG